GUUUGUACCUCUUGUAGUUCUUCCUGCCAUCGGACACCUUGCAGGGCCAAAGAUCGUUGCAGUCAUGCCGGCAGCUGCUUCGGGGACCAACAAGGCCACUCACGGCGAUGGAGGCCCGAAGAAGAAGAGAGGCCCGGGUGCUUUGGCCACGGCGUACUUGGUCAUCUACAACGUUGUUAUGACCGCGGGGUGGUUGGUGAUCGCCGUAGGUCUGGUGCGAGCGUACCUGGCCAGGGGAAGCUACCACGGCCUCUACUACUCCAUCGAGAAGCCCCUCAAGUUCUUUCAGACCGGCGCCAUCCUGGAGAUUGUCCACUGCGCUGCAGGGAUCGUGCCAUCCUCCGUCAUCCUGACCGGCUUCCAGGUCAUGUCCCGGGUCUUCCUCACCUGGGCCGUCACACACAGCGUCCGAGAGGUGCAGAGCGAGGACAGCGUGCUGCUCUUCGUGGCCGCCUGGACCGUCACUGAGAUCAUCCGCUAUUCCUUCUACACCUUCAGCCUGCUCAACCACCUGCCCUACCUGGUCAAGUGGGCCAGGUACACCUUCUUCAUCGUGCUCUAUCCGAUGGGCGUGAGCGGCGAGCUGCUGACCAUCUACGCGGCGCUGCCACACGUGCAGAAGACGGGCCUGUACUCGGUCACGCUGCCCAACAAGUACAACUUCUCCUUCGACUACCACGCCUUCCUCAUCCUGGUCAUGAUCUCCUACAUUCCACUGUUCCCCCAGCUGUACUUCCACAUGGUGCGACAGAGGAAGAAGGUUCUGGGCCACGCAGGCGACUGCAGCAAAGUGGAGUGACUCCUCACACUUGGCAGCAAACAGGAAGUGGACCAAACAAAAUGGACCAGUGAUUUCAUCUUGUCCUCCCAGGGUUUGUUUGCUUUUUGGAUUCUUUUCAGUUCUCUUGAUGAAGUCCAGCUGUGUCGCAGCUAAAGAUGCACUGAUGGAAACACCGCUUCCUUCAAGUAGAACCCCUCUUUAGUUUAACUCUUUCACACACUUUUUGCCUCGCUGGCUGUAAUAUUUAGCUUUUAUCUGUGAUUGGAAAACGCUCUUGCUCCCUUUGUUACUUGGGAGGGCCUCAACAAGCACCAUUGAUAUGUUUAGGACUCUCUAGCGACAACUUGAAUAAAUAUAGUCUGGAAAAUGGCCGACGACGUCUGUAAACGUCAGCUUUCCAUUUCCAGGCCACACAAGGGCCAUAUUUUAACCAGCUGGUCCUGGGGACUCGGACCAAAUGAGCCGUGGUUAAAGUGACACGUACUAGAGAGAAGGGCCGCCAUAAAUUGCGAAGGAAUUUUUCCCUAUGCCACAGGAUGUGGGCGGGGCCUGGCGCCAAACUUUGAUCACAUGGUUUGCCACAAAACACUCAACUCUCGUAACCCGGCGGAACAUGACAUGAACAGCUAAGUAGUUUCCCCGCUCCUUUUGUCCCUCAAAGUCCUGACUUGCACUGUUUGACCCUGAAGGACUGCUCCUGACAACUUGAUACAAGGUAGCAUUUCUUAAACCAGUCUAUGCUCACAUAUUAUUUCCUGCUAGCAGCUAGCCGGCGACAACAAGAUGUGGGAAAUUCCACGUUUUCUAGAUGAAAAGUCUAUUCAGGAAGUAAAAAGGUGUUGUUUAUAUGGACAGAAAAGCACAAUGUUGUGUUUUGGUCACAAUAGUUGGACUCAUUUGGUACGUGAGCUUAGUGAAUUUGUCAUAAAAGUGUGUGAACUGAAA